AUGGACGGCGAUCUGCGAGGCUGGAUUAUGUGCAUAGUCAGUGGCAUAGCUUGCGUUGCUGGAGCAAGUAUUAUUUGUGUCGAUUUCAUCAUUCGCUAUCUUCCCGGGAAGAGCAAGUUUAGGAUACAAGACAGCAAUGCCUUUCUGGCAGCCUCCUUGAGCUUGAGUUUCGGAGUGAUGCUAUUCUCCGCACUUUACUCAAUCCUUCCAUCUUCGAUGAAAUACCUUAUAAACGGCGGCUUCGCACCAUCAGCUGCGGCAUGGAUACUGCUUGCUGGCUUUAUGGGCGGCUUUGUUGGAAUACAGAUGGUCUCAAGGUUCCUCCACCGAUACAUUCCUUCGCAUGUCGUAGAUUGCGAUCACCACCAUGGAGAGACAUCUCAUCAUUUCACCCAUAACCACACCAGACCCCAUUCACAUGGCAGCCAUGGAGCGGACCACCACUAUUUACCUCUUGCGAAAGAGCCAGGGUUGGCAAACGGUCAGCCUGUGGAAUCAACGCCGCUCCUUGAAUCAGACCAGGACUUAAAUGGGAGGGUCUUGCCACAACCUGACACGGCUUUUGUGGCCACCGAUGGUCCAACUAGCACCGGAGGGGAUGGCGAAACCCCUUCCCGAAGGCCUUCAGUAAUUGGCGUCCAGCGACGCCUGAUGUCUUUCGUUAAAGAUACGAAGGCGAACUGUGAUUCGUCAGGCCCCUGCUAUGGAUACUCAGAUCCAUGUGGCCGAGAGUGCUUUAAGAAUCUUGCUGCAAAGAUGUCAUAUAACCCUCCUCGUGCAAACUCCCUUCGUACAGCACAUGCGUCUUUAACGCCGGAGGAAGCAGGUCGCCGUUCUCCAAGUGGGCGUGCUGGGGUCAUAACCUCCCCAAAUCUGGCUGCUCGCCCUAUGGCCGAGCCAAUAGAGGAAAGCUGGGAAACUGAGAGCCAGAUCAGCGGCACCGAAGAUCCGGAAGCACAGCACCAUCACCAUGUUCCCGAAAACUCUUUUAUGAACAUCGGUCUCCAAACAUCCAUUGCUAUCGCUCUGCACAAACUUCCAGAGGGUUUCAUUACUUACGCAACGAACCAUGCCAGUCCUACAUUAGGAUGGUCCGUCUUCAUUGCUCUCCUAAUUCACAAUAUCACUGAGGGCUUCGCUUUGGCUCUCCCACUUUUUCUUGCACUCAACUCUCGUGUGCGCGCGAUGCUCUGGGCCUCGCUAUUGGGAGGUGUGAGCCAACCUCUGGGUGCUGGCAUUGCCGCCGCUUGGUUGAAGAUCGCGGGGAAAUCAGGCAACACGCCUGGUGAAGCUAUUUAUGGAGCUAUGUUCGCAAUUAUCGCUGGUAUUAUGACGAGUGUCGCUAUACAGUUGUUCGCAGAGAGCUUGAGUUUGAACCAUAAUCACAAGCUGUGUACGGCGUUUGCGUUUAUUGGCAUGUCAAUCAUGGGGAUGAGUGCUGCCCUCACUGCCUAG